UUGAACAGAAAUAACACUAAAACCUCCCCGCUGUAUAAAAAAACUAGUUCGUUCAUUCGUCGCGUUUUGUCGUCUUUAUUGUUUCGAGCGAAACCCAUUCGUCAUUUGAGCUUUUGAUGGGUAAAUGGGAUCAUCGUCCGUCGCGAAGGUUCUUCCGCCGUCGAAGAUCUCCGGUGCGUCCCCCGACCUUCUACGAUAUCAAUGCCCCUCUUCCUGAGUAUUGGCAGGACGGAAUACCCUUAUGGGAGAAGAAAUACUGCACUAUAGUUGGAUUGGUACCGUGGCAGAAAAUUGUUGAUUCAAAGAUGUUUGUAUACUGCCACAGUAAUGUGUUUGAUUGGAAUGAUUCAGCCGCUGAAGAAGCUUUACAAAAUGCCAAAAAUCAUUACUGGGCAAAGAUCAACAGCCUUCCCUGUGAUAUUUCUCUGCCUGAUCCAGAUACUUAUAAUGAUCAAAUAGAUUGGAAUCCUUAUAUUGAUCCGGAUAUGAUUAAGGAAAUAGAUAAAGCAUUCUUUACUCUGCCAGAUGAGGAACAAGAAACUGCCAUGAAAAACAAAAGAACAAAAACUUCAGUUAAUGAUGAAAAUCCUUUGGAAUGUUCUGAUACACCUCUUAGCAGAGCUUUAGAAAAUAAUGAAGUGCAAAGAUGGAACCAGGGAAACUCUGGAGAUGUGGAUAAUACUGACAAUCCAUGGGAGUGUAGUGUUACUCAUGGAAAUGGAAGAUUAACUGACAAUGCUUGGGAAGGUGGUCCUGUUAAGUCUUGGGGUUGGAAUGAAGGAAGGGAUCACAACCAGUGUAAGGAUUGGAAUUCUGAAAACUUACAGGAUAAAGGAUGGGGUAAAGCCAGGGACAGUUCUUGGUGCCAGCAGCAGUCAAAUAAUUUGGCUAACUUUGGCAACUCUUCUUGGCAAUGCAAAUCCAGUCAACAGAAUGUAACUCCAUUGAAGACAGGAUGGCGAAACAGUGGAGCAAAUGGGUCAGGAUGGAAGCAACAGGAAAAGGCUGAUGUUUCUAGAAGGAAUUAUGGAGGUUGGACUGCUCAGAAUAAGGGUAACCAGUGGAGGGAAGGCUCUCAUUGGCAUACAUUAGGCUCCAAUGGCUCUCAGUUCCAAAGGGAUGGUUGUCAAACGGGUCAUUACUGGGGUAAAGAGAAAAGUAAAAAGAGGGAUUUUGUCCCUUGAUAGUCAUGAGAACAAUACCUACUUUUUUUUCUUUUUUUUGCGGGCAACAGACUUUUUUGUUUAUACUGGUCAUUAUUGAUAUAUGCCAGAGUGGAACUGUUUAUCUGGAUUUUUGGGGGAAGUUGGUUUUGCUUUCAAUAGUAUAUGGCAUUUGCUUUAUCCUUGAGGUUUAAAGGGUUGUCAUAUAGUAAAGGAUUACAAUACUUCAAGGUCCUCUUCCUAAGAAAUAAAUGCAUCAUGAAAUGUGGCGUAUUUCUUAA